GAUUUUGGCUGGAGUCCUUGGAUCUUCAACUUACAUAUCACUGAUGCUUUGCCUUCUAACAAUGACGCUUCUAAACAGGUGGAAGAAACUGAACAGACCUCAGAACCAGCUCCGGACCAAGAAAUGGAGGCCAGUGAGCAGGAAAUGGACUCAGCUGUACCAGUCCCCGAGCUAGCUCUGGAGACGUCGACUUCUGAACCAGAGAUCCCAGCUCCUCCACUGGAACCCGCCAUAGUUGUUUACCCUCAGCUGGCACUGCAAAAUGGGCAGCCCAGUUGCACCAACAUCUCUCUUUACACUUUGCUUGAGUACAGAAGGCAGCGGGAGAAGCUCUCCUUUGAGGUGGCAGUGAUGGCAGAGAUUUUCCAGGAGAUGCUUCAGCGGGAUUUUGGCUACAAGCUUUAUAAGGCGCUCCUGGCCCUGCCGGAAAAGGAGGAGCCUCCAGAGGCCAAGAAUCCCGAUUCAGAAAAAGUGCCGAAAUCUGAAAAGGAAGCAGAGAACGAACUGAAGGAGGAACCUCAGGAGAAACCUGGAGCAGAAGAUGCACCAGAGAGCAACCAGAAGGAAGUUCAAAAAGAGGGGACUGGGGAGGCCGAGAAGAAGCCCCCAAAUCAAGAUGGGGCCAAUGCAACCAAGGAAGAGAAAGUCAGCGUCAAAGCCGAAGUGAAGGAUUCCACCGAUGACCUCUGUGAGCUAAGCAUGGAAGAUGACCUUUUGCUGCUACGAGAGGACGAAGAGGAGGAUUUUGGUGUCAAGUUGGAAGAUGCUGAAGUGAGAUCCGUUGCAUCCAACCAGUCAGAGAUUGAGGUUUCCUCCCUUCCCGAUAUGCCCAGAGAGUUGGACCCAAGCACCGUGUUGCCCUUGGAUGCCCUCCUUGCCUUCAUUUACUUCGACUUGAAUUUCUGCGGCUACCUGCAUAGGAAGGAUAUGGACAAGAUCCUGCUCACCUUGGGACUGCACCUCUGCAAAGAGCAGGUGAAGCGCUUGGUGAACAGGGUGGUGACGCAGUUUGUGUGCCGUUACCGCAGCCUGCGCUACAGCCGGCAGGAAGGGACAGAGGCAGGUCUCGGAGAGGAAGAACUGGCAGGCAACCUCCAUUUCUUGCGCCCGUCGGCUUCUUGCACCAAAUCUACCCGAGAGGCUCAGUCUACCAAUUUGAUUCCAUACAACGGAGCUGUCCUUAAUGUGAGCAAGCUCCUGGAAAAGGCAGAGCAGACAGAAAACAGCCGACUCUACCUGGAAAAUAAAAUCCAUACCCUGGAGCUAAAGUUGGAAGAGACCCAGCUUCGCUUCUCAUCAACGGAGGCUUCCAACAAGGCAUUGACGCUGGAAGUGCAGGAAUUGCAGAAGCGCCUGACAGAGAUGGAAGAGCAGUCGAAAGCAUCCGAAAAGCAGAAAUCCCAAUUUCAAAGGCUGCUACAGGAGAAUAAAAAGCGCCUGGUUCCUUUGCAACUGGAAAUCCAGAGGAUAAUUGAGAAGACCAAUAACUGCUUAGAGAAAAAGGAAGCUACGUCGCCCUCCGUUUCCAGCAACUGAUGCUCCCCAGAGAUCUGGUCAGGUGGAGCGAUCAGUACACCUUUGGUUUGAUGUUUUGGGGCUGUGAGUUAAGCGGCUUUCGUGGGGGGGGGAUUGGGUGUUCAAGCCUUUGAAACCAUCAACUUCUUUGCCACCAUGUGAAAGGCUGCAGCAGCUGGCUUUCAUCCUCAACCACCCCUCCUCACCCCAGGCUUGGGGGGGGGGGGAGGGGCCCCCAGUCCCACAUCUGCUGGAACCUCCCCCCCCCCCUCUUGUUUAAAGAAAUACCCGUUAGGUAGGCAUUUGGAUGGUCUUGUGUCCGAGGGCAGAAGCGACAGGGUAGGUAUUUCGGGCUGUUGGCCAAGAGCAAGUCUUGGGUUGGGCACGUCAGCUCCAUCCCGAGAGCCAUGCAGGUCCUGACUGCUCCAGGCAUCGCUAGCCUCUUUGUGCUGCUGCAUGGGGAUGUUUUUAAGCCCCUUCCACUUCCUGUCCCCUCUACGUCCAGCUUGAGGGGGAGGGGUUGGCCUUCUGCCUGCCUUGGGCCAGCUGGUGCCUGGGAGGGGGGGGGAGAUGGUUUUCUUCUGCUAGCCCUCGGCCAGCAGCUCCUGCCCCUGCCUAUUCAGGGCGGCUUGCUAGCUCUGCUCGGGUGCUGUGGCUGGAGCGUGAACACCGUACAUACUUGGCCCAGCAUCUUAGCCAUUUUAAGAAA